AGACAAAGAGCAAGGAGGAUAUGAAGCACUGCUGGGUAGACCAUGGUCUCAACCAGGGUGGUUCAUGACUAAGAAAAAAAAAAGUCUAAAGCAGGGAAACGCGGGAUGGAAGGCGACAAAGGCUUGGCUUUGUUUCAAAGAAAAAGGACUAAGGAAAUUUCGUUUCCGUAGUGGUGAUGCUGAUAUAUAUAUGCAAGAUCGAAGACGCGAUUCGCGCGGGUCCGCUUUUUUUUAAGAUAGCAAGGAGGCGAUUUUUUCGCAGGGCGAUUCAGCUAGCCAAAUCGCACUAAUGCAAUUCAUUCGCCCUACUAUCCUACAGAGCAAUUCAAACUCUUAGUAAGAGCUAGGGCGACUCAUUCUAUUCUAUUCUCUCUGAGGUCAGGUAGGUGAAGCGUCUAGCUUAGGGGGGCGCGUCAAAUCGCUGAAAGGCCUUGGUGAUUCUCCAAUUUUUUAAUCUAAAGAUAGAAAACCACAAUGAUUCCAAACUUCACUUCAAUAGUCUCGUAUCCAUGCUGCCCCGACUCCAAACUCGAUGUUUGUUUUAAGCCCAAACUCUUUCUUAUCAAACCCCUUUCUCGUUCCCUUGUACAGCCUUGACCUGGCAGUUUUCAUUAUGUGUUCUUUGGGGGGGUUAGGAGUGAGUUAAGCCAAUGCGUACAAAUAGACAGACCAGGUUCAUCCUUUUAUGUUGAGGUCAGUGCAAGUCUGUCUAUGAUUAAGAGUCUAGGUGGUGUUGAAGCUGGCUUAUUCAUACUAGUAAUCUUAGAGUUAUUAGUAAAAACAAUGUUCACCAACUCUUCCAUAGUAAUCUUGUUCAUAUAUCGAAAAAGCUUUUAAAAUAUGAGUUUCAAUUGUUAUAUUAAAGUGUUUGUUUUGUC